GGCGUGCACUAGAGUUGUAGUAGUCAGCCGCCGGCACCGGACGCUUUCGGUGCACGCAUUUAGCCAGGGAGGCUGCGCAUCGCUAUUUUCCCGAGAAUAUGGCGGGCCCGUCGAAAAAGCGUCCCGACACCGGGAUUCUGAGCGCCGAAUACAUGACCUCGCUCCAGAAGUUGUGCAGGCUGACCACUCCGACGGUGGGCGAAGUCUCCUCCAUCUUCACCGGCGAUUUUCGCCGUGCUCUCGGAGGCGCGAGGGCGAGACCUUCAGUCAGAGCUGAAGCUGCCUGUGCGCCGGCUGCAUCACGAUCGAGUGCCACUCCGUCAACAUCCCGUGGUUCCAAGAAGCGUGGCGGCCAGUCUGGUCUCCGAAAAGGUCGCGGCCGCAAGAGUGUCGCACGUGAGGAACCCGACGACGAGGAUGAACCCAAGGUUGAAGACGUCGGCUUCGCACGCCCGUGCACGUGGAAAGCCGAUAGUCCGUGCUGGCUUAGGGACGAGCUGCCAGAGUGGAAUCGCCUGCUUGCCAAAAACUUCUUCGAGCUGCAGGAGCACUCGUGGUCCGAGUUUAAAUUCACCGGAUAUCUCUGGUCCCAGAUCGACAUGCCCGAAGAGGGCGCUACACUCCGGGUUUCGCUGCUCAUCAACUUUCUACUGCGCCACCACAGGUGUCUGACUCGAGUCAGUGUGGACUUUGCAGUAAGUGAGCUCGAACACGAAAUCUUCUGGGACGGCAUAAAGAACGGCGCAGCCGCCGUCACCUUCCUGGAGUACAAGGGCACCAUGGCUCAGCACGAGGGCCUUGCACCGAGGGAAGAAUACCACCUCUGGGCUCAGUCUCUUCUUUCAUUGACAAAUCUACACUCCCUGUACCUAAGUCGUGUAUUCAUCGACUUGAAAGUCUGUGAACUGUUGUCCGACUUCAUGGAGGACACUACUACGCUCGUCACUCUCUCGCUGAAGAAGAUCAAGCCUGAGGAAAAAGUUGUCGGCUGCCUUCUGGAAGCCUUCACAAUGAACAAGACGAUCAAGAAUUUCUAUGUAAGUGAGGAGUUUGCAAUGGCAAAAGAUGGUCAACCACUCGCAUUCUUCGUCCUGAAUCACACAGUCAUCGAUACACUAGAGGUGAGAGGGGGAGGCGUCUGUGUCCCGUCAGCCCUACUGAGAGCAGCGGUGUUGGGUCCCAGCCUUAAGUGCCUCAAAAUCUACGAGUGCAAGAUCUUAGCCAACGAUAUCCACGAGAUGUCCAAAGCCCUGACUCGAAAACGACCGACUCCAGAACCUUCUACAAACGCAAGCUCUCUUGCCUGGGAGAUCUCCGUCGCGUGCUGAGGGAUCUUCGCAUGCUGAUAAGGGAUCUCCAUCCCCCGGCGAGGGAACUUCGUCGACUGCCGAGCCAUCCCCCGGCGAGGGAACUUCGUCGACUGCCGAGCCAUCCCCCGGCGAGGGAACUUCGUCGACUGCCGAGCC